AUGUUUGUAGUUUCCCUCUCGUUGAAGAUGAAACGAAUAAAACUCUCAGCUCUUCUCGUCCCUUUCUUUCUGUUUUCAAUUGUGCCGGGUGCCCAGACAGCUUCCCCUGCAAAAUAUCGAGCCGAGAAAAUGGCCUACAUCUACGAAAAGGCCCUUCAAAAAAUUGACGAUAAAAAGCGAUUGCGCAAGUUAGAGGAUGAGCUCCAAAGUUUCGAUAAAAUUUAUAUGGACACAAAAGCGAAGGAGGGCGGCGGAGAAGAUGUUCGCAAAGACCAUGCAAAAAUCGACGAGAAGCUGCGCACGAUGCUAGAGAAGUACGAUUUAGCGUCUGUGUUGGAUGCGUUCAAAAUGAAACGUAAGCUGCGGAAUGAGAUGCAGAUGACGGACGCCAAUUCGGUGCUGGCUUCUGAAAAGUUCACGGACCCAAAACUUCAGCGGCUAUGGGAUGCAGCGUUGACGGGAAAGUUUGGCAGUGAAGAAUUACUUGUACUUCAUGCUGACUUGAAGGAGGCUGAGCGAAAAAUUGCCGAAUAUCACGACGCUCUUGAGGAUUUCAAUAAGAUUCCUGUCGAAAAUUCAAUUCAUUUCGACGAUGAUGAUGCUUUGAUCGCAAAAAACCGCCGUUUGAAGGAUGCCCAUCGUCGUAUGAACGAGCAUCUAGAUGAUGUGCACCAGAAGGUUACAAUGGAGAAAUACUCGCCGUUUGUAGAUCCGAAGGUUCAAAAGCUGUGGUCAACUGCACAAGGGAAUGCGAAUUUGACGGCGCACGAUCUCGAGAUUCUGCAGCAGGAACUUUCGCAUUUUGAGCAACAGAUGAAGAAGUUGAAGUUCCAUAAGGAAGAGCUUGAAUCGGUUCGUACGAUGGCUGAAGAGUCUGGAAAAGCCACUAUCCAGAAUCUGGAGCACGGUGAGCUGGAAGCCAAGCACGAGCGGAUGGCGCGAAAGUUGAAAAAGCUAGAAACAUUCAUUGAAAGUAAAGUGCGCCAUUCCGAGCUG